GUUUUGCAUUUGGAUUCCUAACGGAGGUGGUAAGGGGGGAUCACAGAAAGAUUUGGAGUUUUCUACUCUCCUGCCAAGUCUAGAGUCAAACAACACAACCAUCCACCCUCAAUACAAUCUCUAAACCGGGAUUAUUGACGUGUUAAUGGUCACCUCCCAAGAUAAAUUGACUUCGGCUUGUUGAUCUUGCUGGGCAGUCUGGCCUUGCUACAAAAGCGGCGACACUAUAGAGCAGGGGUCCUGCCACUUUGGAGGGGUGUACCGGGGAGUGGCGGCGGACUGUUUACCUGGCCAACACUGCAGCAACCGCGAUAAGAAAGCUUAUCGGCCAAUGAGUUCGCGUUGAUGCAGGCGGCAAUGAAACACCUUCCAUGACUCCAAACAAAACACGCCAAAAGCUCUUUACGCGGUCGGGACGCGCCUCAGAGUGCUAACGCGGGGGACUCAAGACACACCACAAUCAACAUGAUGCAGCAAUCGCAGCUGGACCCCCUGCCUAAUGACCUGCCCUUCCGGGUCAUUUCAAAGACAAUUGGGCGAGGGGCUUAUGCAUCAAUCAAGAAAGCCGUCCCUCUGGAUGCAAACACACCCGUCUUCGCUGUCAAAUUCAUCCAUAAGGGUUACGCCGUCAAGCAUGGCCGCGUCUCGGCGAAGCAGCUCCUCAUGGAGGUAUCGCUCCAUUCACAUGUCGGCCAGCACCCCAACAUCAUUGAAUGGUUCGCCUCGGGAGAAGACACCAAUUGGCGAUGGAUUGCCAUGGAGUUUGCCGAUGGAGGUGACCUCUUUGACAAAAUUGAGGCAGACGUGGGCGUUCACGAGAACAUUGCUCACCUCUACUUCCUGCAGCUCAUCAGCGGCGUGAGCUUCAUCCACUCAAAGGGCGUCGCGCAUCGGGAUUUGAAGCCCGAAAACAUUUUGCUAUCCGAGACGGGAAGUCUGAAGCUCGCCGACUUUGGCAUGUCAACCAUGUUCGAGUACAAGGGUCAACGCAAGACGAGUUCCACCCUUUGCGGCAGUCCGCCAUACAUCGCCCCUGAGAUCCUUGCCUGCAGCAAGGCGGAGAAGAAGGCAUCCCCGGACGCGGUCAAGUACUCGCCAGACCUCGUUGACAUCUGGUCAUGCGGCGUCAUCCUCUUCGUACUCCUGGUUGGAAACACACCUUGGGAUGAGCCGUCAAAAGGCAGCUGGGAGUACCAGGAGUACGUGCGAACGAAUGGCCGCAGCACAGAUGCGCUUUGGGGGAGGAUACCGUCAGAUACCUUAUCACUGCUUCGAGGCAUGAUGAAUAUUGACCCGAGUAAACGCUUCUCUUUUCGACAGAUUCGACAACACCCAUGGUACACCAGACAAAACCCGCACCUAACAUCGGACGGCAAGAUUUCCGACCCAAUCAAUCUGGCCACGCAGAUGCUGGAGAGUCUCAAGAUCGAUUUCAACCAGCUGCCCACAGCCUCCCAGGGCAAUCCAUCCAGUAGUGAUCCCAUGGAUAUCGACAGCGCCGGCAAAGUGUCCUUCACUCAGCCCGAAACACCCAUCAAUGACGUCGCAUGGGACUGGGAGCGCCCCGCUCUCAAGGUCAUGAACCCCAUUGCGGUCUCCUCCACACAACCUCUGACCCGAAGCGUGAGCGGCGUCGCCAACCGACGCUUGUUUAUGGAGUCACUUGCAGAAGAGCCUUCCAUCAGCCAGUUCUCACAGACCCCCGGCGUCCCGCUGACCCUCACUCAAGCGGCUCGUCGCUUCCGUGAUAUCGUGCCGUUCGAGUCCCUUACGCGCUUCUUCUCCCACGUGCCGCCCCAGCUCAUCGUGCAGAUGCUUAGCGACGCCCUACACCAGCUCAACGUCCCGCUGCCGCCCGUCACGGCGAACCUGUACUCAGACCACAUCGUCAUCAUCAAGAUUAAGACGCUGGACGCGCGUCGACAGUCGCUGCACGGCGAGAUCCACGUCGACAGGCACCGGCUGCCCGAGGAGCAGGAGCUGUUGGACAUUCGGUUCGUCAAGAUCAAGGGAGACCCCCUGGAAUGGCGUCGUUUCUUCAAGAAGAUUGUCGUCCUCUGCAAGGAUGGCGUGUACGUCCCGGAUGCAUAGGAAGGAUGCCGGCUUGUUGUUGUUGUUGUUGUUGUUGUUGUAUUUAACGCCGUGGCGGCCGGGCUAGAGCCCUUACCGCAGACCUCCCGAAGGGUAUAU